CAAAGCAGCAGCAAGUACCAACUCCUAUACUAAGAAUUAUCUUUGAGACAACGUUUUAAAGGAACAGAAGAUCUUAAAACAAAGAAAUAUAUCAUUUCUUAAACAUACCAUUUCCAGAAAGAGAAGCAACCUCUUUUACAGAACUGGGUAUACCGAAAAAUGUUCCUCUCUAAUACAGCCUUUUGAUGGACAUGAGUUCCUAAGUGUCAUGCCCACCAACAAACUAUAAGAUGACCACCUCUCACAAUCAAGCUCAACCUGACUCUUCUAACAGCUCAUAUCCAGAUGAAUACAAAAUUGCAGCCCUUGUCUUCUACAGCUGCAUCUUCAUAAUUGGAUUAUUUGUAAAUGUCACUGCCUUAUGGGUUUUCAGUUGUACAACCAAGAAGAGAACCACUGUAACCAUCUAUAUGAUGAAUGUGGCAUUACUAGACCUAAUAUUUAUAAUGAGCUUACCUUUUCGAAUGUUUUAUUAUGCAAAAGGUGAAUGGCCAUUUGGAGAGUACUUCUGCCAGAUUCUUGGGGCACUCACAGUGUUUUAUCCAAGUAUUGCUCUAUGGCUUCUUGCUUUUAUUAGUGUUGACAGGUAUAUGGCUAUUGUGCAGCCAAAAUAUGCCAAAGAACUUAAAAAAACACGCAAAGCUAUGCUAGCAUGUGUGGGAGUCUGGAUAAUGACCCUAAUAACCACCGUCCCACUCCUACUGCUCUAUGAAGACCCCGAUAAAACCUCCACUCUUGCCACCUGCCUGAAGAUUUCUGACAUCAUCCACUUAAAAGCUACUAACAUAUUGAACUUCACUCGACUAAUAUUUUUCUUCUUGACUCCUUUGUUCAUCAUGAUUGGGAGCUACUUGGUCAUUAUUCAUAGUCUCCUUCAUGGUAGAACAUCUAAGCUGAAACCAAAAGUCAAGGAGAAGUCUAUAAGAAUCAUCAUCACACUCCUGGUACAGGUGCUCGUCUGCUUUAUGCCUUAUCAUAUCUGUUUUGCUGUCCUGAUGUUGAAUGGGGAUGAGAACAGUUACAAUCCCUGGGGAGCCUUUACCACCUUCCUCAUGAACCUCAGUUCCUGUCUGGAUGUGAUUCUCUACUACAUUGUUUCAAAACAAUUUCAGGCUCGAGUCAUUAGUGUCAUGCUAUACCGCAAUUACCUUCGGAGUGUGCGCAGAAAAAGCUUCCGAUCAGGUAGUUUACGGUCACUGAGCAAUAUAAACAGUGAAAUGUUAUGAAUAAGUUUUUUGUCUUCAAUCUCCUUAAAUUAACUUUACUAAUUACCCUAUAGUCAGGGCUAUUUUGUAUAUUAUCAAGUUCCUUCUUUCCUGGAAAAAAAAUAAAAACUUUAAAAACUCUUUUGUGGGAACUUACGGCAACAUAAUUUUUUUUAAAUCUUCACCUGAGGAUAUUUUUCUAUUUAUUGUCAGAUAGAGUGGGAGGGAAAGAGAGAGAAACAUCGAUGUGAAAGAGACAUAUUGACUGGUUGCCUCCCACGCGACCCUGACCAGGCUACAUGCCCGACCAGGCUACAUGUGACUCUUUGGGUCCUUGGGCCGACGCUCUAACCACUGGGCAAAAUUGGCCAUGGCUGGAGCGAUCUUUUAAUGUGAAAACCUAAUGGUUACUUUUUCUGAAUAUGACUCUACAAAGAUCAGGAAAGUAAUAGGGGCUGAAAACUGAGACUUGGGAAACAAACAACAGAUGUUAACUAUAGCUGAAGUAAUGGGAGUGGACAAGAUAGCCCAAAGAAAGCACUUGAAAUAAGCUUGAGAAAGGAGUGGUAGACAGUAAAUAAGGUCAAAAAGAACCAGGAGAAAAUAGUGUGCUAGGACUCACGGGGACAGGUUAUUUCAUGAAAUAAUGGGAGGUCAAAAGUAUUUAAUGUACUAUUGAAAGGUCAAAUUAAGACAACUGAAAAUAAGCCACUGGCUUUAAAAAUUAGAUGGAUACUGGUGAGAUUUAUAAGAGAAGUUGCAAGAGUGGUAAGGUUAAAAAAAAGAGAGAGAGAAUUAAAUAGGAAGUGAAGAAUUAUAAAGAGAGCAGAUAUAUUUGGCAUUGAUGGACAAAAGUAACGUGAAAAACACUGAAAAUUAUAAAGCAUG